AUGCCUGCUUAUACUCCUCCUCAUCUACGUGCGAGUCAAGAAGAUGGCUCGUCCCGGUACUUGGCAUCACCCACUCCCGAUCGUAGCCGGCUUCCACAGGGCGAAUUCGAGGACACACGCACGAUGGGACCUGCCCUGCACUAUUUUUACACCAAUUCUUCGGCAUUUCAGCGGUGUCGGCAGAUGAAACGCCGCUACGGUGACAACGAUGCUGUGAACCAAAAAUUCGCCCAAAACCGAGAACGCUCUCGAAAUGACGACCAGAAUUUGGCACCCAUGUUUCGCGACCAGUUCUACACAGCUUUCAGUGAUAUGGUCGAAGAUCUUGGUGGCCCCGAAUGCUUACUUGUCCCCAAUCCUACGACCGGCGCGGCAAGAUUUGUGAGGCGAUUUGCCGACCUUGGAUGCGCCCCUGGCGGCUUCGCUCAAUAUCUCUUGACGACAUUUCCUCAAUGCACUGGCGUCGGCGUUACCCAUCCUGAUGGGUACACUAUGACCUACCAGGGCUGGACGAAUGGAAUGCAGCAACGAUUCCCCGUGUACUUUGCCGAUCUGACUUCUACCCCUGGCGAUCUGGCCGCUCGAAUUCUACCCGAUGCAGAGCUCCCCAUUACCCCUCCAGAUUCCCCAUCCCGCCAAGCCGGCCGUUCUCACAUGAAUCGACCGGGGAACAACUUGUGCGACGUAGUUAUCGCGGGUGCUAUUCUUUGCAACGAUCGCACACGGCAGGGACAACCCGUGGAGCGAGCAGCACGUCCACUUCUUGCGUUCUCCCAGCUUCGCAUGGCUCUUACUAUGCUCGCCCCCGGUGGAACUUUGAUUCUUGUAUCUUCGGCAAACCCUAACGUCUUCUGCUUGGAAAUCCUCGCGCUCAUCCGCCGACUAUUUGCGUCGGAGGUGCGUUCGACCAAGGGUCGAAAAUUGCAUGAGAUCCGCAGCGCGUACUACAUCGUGGGACAGGGGUACAAGGGUGCAAACGCGGAUGUGCUUAGGCAACUCGACGAGGCGAUCCGGACUCUCAAGCGACGUGGCGCGAUGGGUGGCGCCUCCGAUUGGGUAUCGGAAGAUGACGAUGAUGUGGCGUACACGGGUGAGGCCAUUGGUUCAUGCGUAGCGCCAACUCCUAUUUCGUUGUUGCUCCACCCGCACCUCACGGAAAUCGACAUCCUGCGAUCCGAUGGACCUUGGUUGCUGAAGCACUACGAGCCUUUGUGGGUGCGUCAGGCUGAUGCCCUUGAACGCGCCCUGGCCCGGGUAUCCAAAUCCGCGCCCGGCGAUACAAGCCCUGCUGCCGAUCGAAGAAGCUGGCGCCGCUCUGGAGCCUUUGAACUGGACGCCUCGGCUUCCAAAAACGUAUCUCAAUCACAGCCUCGUUCGCGGACAUCAGUGCGAGUCACCGACGAACAAUAUGCGGCGAUGGUACAUUCUUUCGAGACAGGGCUCAGCGUGGGAGCCUCCAGCCAGGGUAGCAGGAGCCGGCGACCGCGCGCAGAGGAGCGAUGGAUGUGA